UGUGAAGAGAUAUAUAGUUUUAAAGCCGCGAUAGUUUGAUUUCAAAUUCGAACAGAACUAAGAACGCUUGGGAAUACUUUUCCCGCGCUGCUAGCUUACACCCGCCAUGUCUGCAUCUACAUUCACCCUGCUGUGUAAUUCGCAUAAAUGCCGCGCAAAGCUGAGUGGCUUCGCGUGGGUCACGGCAUGCUCUCACAUCUUCUGUGAUCAACACGGUUCAGAGGAGUUCAGUCGCACUCCUGCCAUCUGCCCCGCCUGCUCUUCCAUGCUCUCGGGCAAACUGGACGUUUUUAGGACCGAGCUGGCACCAUCAGAGCAAUACAAGGCCAUGGUGCUGGUCGGACUACAGCCUGAAACAGUUUUGGAAGUCAGUCAUAAAGCGCUAGAGUUUUGGACAUACCAGGUAAACCAGGAGAGGAUGCUGAUGGAGUACAAUCUGUCGAGGGCUGGAGGACAGGUUCUUCAGAUGGAGAAGUGUAUGAUCCAGCAGAGCCAGAGCAAAGAUCUGGAGUUAAAUGCAUUAAGAGGAGAGAUUGCCUCACUGAAAAAGGUGCUGGAGGAAUAUAAGCGCAAGUACGGUGAGGUCCUGGAACGACUGAAUGAACGGAAUAGGCAAUAUCAGAAGAUGCAGGGACUGCUCGAUUCACUCACGGAUGCACACGCUGGGAGCGGAGAGAAAGAUCCCAUUUCCCACCCUUUCACUACAGCGCUCACCGUCAAGCAGUCUUCGUUCCUGCCACCAGAAGGUGACAGGUUCUUCUCACUGGGACCAGAAAACACAAAAACUUUCUUUCAGUUCAGCACUCCCAUCCGAGACAGAGCCCAGCCAUCUAUCAAGAAAAACUAAAAGUGACACGAGUUUCACCAG